AUGUGGCCACUUGUUUUGUGUAUUAUUGCAUUUGUUUCACUUUGGCUAUAUAGAUGGAGCAAUCCCAGAUGCAAUGGAAAACUCCCUCCAGGUUCAAUGGGCUUACCAUUCAUUGGGGAGACUCUCCAGUUCUUUGCUCCAAACACCACUUCAAAUAUGCCUCCCUUCAUCAGAGACAGGAUCAAACUUUAUAUAUUUAUCAUCAGAUAUGGUCCAAUAUUUUGUACGAGUUUGGUGGGGAGGCCUGUUAUAGUAUCAACUGAUGCAGACCUCAAUUAUUUCAUCUUCCAACAAGAGGGAAAUUUGUUCCAGAGCUGGUAUCCAGAUACUUUUACAGAGAUCUUUGGAAAACAGAAUGUCGGCUCCUUGCAUGGUUUUAUGUAUAAAUACCUCAAGAACAUGGUGCUGAGUCUUUUCGGUCCACAGAGCCUGAAAAAUAUGCUUCCUGAAGUUGAACAGUCAGCACAUACAUACUUGAAAAGAUGGUCUACUCAAAAAAGUGUCGAACUGAAGGACGCAACAGCAGGCCUCAUAUUUGAUCUGACUGCAAAGAAGUUGAUCAGUUAUGAGCCUGAUCAGAAGUCAUCAGAGAAGAAUCUAAGGGAAAACUUUGAUGCUUUCAUAAAGGGAUUAAUUUCAUUCCCUUUGAAUAUUCCUGGAACAGCUUACUAUAGGUGCUUGCAGGGAAGGAAGAAUGCAAUGAGGAAGCUGAAAAGCCUGCUUGAACAAAGAAGAGAAAUUAAGCCAAGGAAGGAGGAAAAAAUAGAUUUCUUCGAUUAUGUCCUUGUAGAACUUGAGAAGGAGGAUACAGUCCUGACAGAGGCAAUUGCAUUGGAUUUGAUGUUCGUUCUACUGUUUGCCAGUUUCGAGACAACUUCCCUCGCAAUUACAAUGGCAAUCAAGUUUAUCUCUGAGAAUCCAUUGGUGCUUGAAGAACUCACAAAAGAGCAUGAAGCAAUCAUACAAAAACGAGAAAAGUCAGAUAGUCAUCUUACAUGGAAAGAAUACAAAUCAAUGAAGUUCACAUUCCAGUUUAUCAAUGAAACAGUCAGGCUGGCGAACAUAGUACCUGGAAUUUUCAGGAAAGCACUAAGAGAAGUAAACUUCAAGGGCUAUAGCAUUCCGGCUGGUUGGGCAGUAAUGGUCUGUCCUCCAGCAGUACACUUGAACCCGGAAAUGUAUAAGGAUCCUCAUGAAUUCAAUCCAUGGAGAUGGAAUGGAAUGGAAGUAAACGGUGCAUCUAAGCAUUUCAUGGCUUUUGGGGGUGGAAUGCGAUUUUGCGUUGGAACAGAUUUCACCAAGGUGCAAAUGGCUGUGUUUAUUCAUUGCCUAGUGACUAAAUACAAAUGGAAGAUAAUCAGAGGAGGACAUAUAGUUCGAACUCCUGGACUUCAAUUUCCAGAUGGUUUCCAUGUUAAGAUAUAUGAGAAAAAAUAG